AUGCGCGCUUGUCAUAUGCCUUCAUUACCUGAAAUGCCAUUUGAACAUCAUGAAGAUCAAAAUCAAGGUCAGUUUAGAAGAAUGAAGUUGAAAAUUCUUUACACUUUAGAAGAUAAUACAUUUUUAGCAAGAUCAAGUAAUAUAUUAAAUGUUAAAACUUUAACUAUGCCAAUUCCUGGUCAAAGAAAUUUAAUGACUCUUGGUGUUGUUUCAUUGAAAGAGGUGCUACAACCAAUUCAAAAAUCAAGUCCUGAAUUAUUUGUUGAUGAUUCUAUAGAUUAUUCUGUUUAUGUUAAAGAUAUAACUGAAGAAGAUGAACCUUUUGUUGGUUAUGGUUUAUUUCAUAAAAUUUUAUUAGGUCAACAACAAGAUACAAUGGACUUUGAUGAUGAUGAAACUUUGAUUCCUGGUAGAGUUUGUUCAAAUUUUGCUGCUCUAUUAAGUAAAAACAGUUCUGAAACUUUAGAAAUCAAAUUAAGAUUAGCAAGAGUUGUUUCAAAAAGAUCAAAUAAUAAUAAUAAUCAACCUCAACAACAGCAACAGCAACAACAACAAUCUCAACAACAGCAACAACUACAACCAUCUCAACAACAACGACAAUCACAAGGUCAAAUUCCUCAACAACAAAGUAUAGGAUCUAAAAGAAAAAAUGAUGAAAUUUAUAAUCAAAGUCCAAAUAAUGUCAAUAGUUCAACUUCACCAGUUUAUCCAGAAUUAUCAACUUUCCAAAUUCCUCAACAGAAACCACAAAUUUAUGAUCAUUCAUCAACUAAAAAAUCUAAACAAAUGGCCUCAUCUUCAUCAACAAAUUCAGCUGUUAAAGCUUCAAGAACUCAAUCAUUACCAGCUUUUAAUCAACCUUUAAAUCAACUUCACUCUUCACAUUUAGCAUCAAUGGGUUAUUUCCCUCCUUCAGCUAAAGUCUUUCCAGCUUCAACAAUUGCAGGUCAAAUAAGGCAAGCUGAUGAAAUUAAACAACAUAGAACUAAUUAUUCUUUCCAAGUUGAUGGAUUAGAUGGAAAUGUUACCAAACCAAUAACAGUUGCACCAUCAAAUAGAUUUGCUCCAAAUUUUAUAAGUUCUGAUAAUAAAAAAUUUAAUUCGAAAGAAUCAAAAUCAAAUUCUUCAACUACAAAAAAAUCAAGAUCUAAAAAGCAAACAAAAUCUAAUACAACAAAAACUCAAUCUAAAAAUCAAACUCAAUCAAAUUCAAUCAAAUCUUCACCUGCUGCUCCAACUUUAUCAACUUUUAAAGAAAUUCCAAAAAAUAUUCCAGAAUGUUUCAAUUGUCAAACUGUUUCAGCUCCAGUUUGGAGAUAUUUUGAUACUGAAGAAGAAUCUAAAAGAGGAAUGUAUUGUAAUACUUGUUAUAUUUAUCUAUUAGAUAAAGGAUCUCAAAGACCAAAGAAUUAUUAUAAUAAUUCAAAUAAUAAUAAUGAAUUAAAACCAUCUUCUGCAAAAUAUACUAAAAAAGAUUCAAAAGAUUUGAAUAAUAGUUCAAAUAAUCCUCAACAACAACAACAACAAUUGGAUAAUGGACCUAAAUUACAUUCAAUGAAACAUGAACAAACUUCAUCAGAUCCAGUUGAAGAAUUUCAAGAUAUGGUUAGUAGUGAUUUAGAUUUUAAUUUUGGUCCAAUGACAGAUAUAGAUCCAUUACCACAACAAAAAAGAACUCCACAAAUUUUAAAUACAGAAGAUAAAGAAAAUAUACCACCAAUUUCAAUUCAAAAAUUAUCAAGACAAAAUUCAUUUGAAAAAAUGUUAAUUAAAUCAUUUAGUGGUGUACCACCAAAUAUGAAUAAUAUAAAUUCCACAACUCCAAAUAAUGAAUGGCUUAAUGAAUUUUUCGAACCAACUCCAAAAGAUCAAGAUCAACAAGAUUCAUCAAUAACACCAAAAGAUUUUGACAAUACUCCAAGAGAUUUAGCAACUUGUAAUACAUUACCUUGUGAAGAUGAUACACCACCUUCUCAACCAUUACCACAAGUUAAUGAAUCAAAUAAUGGGUUAAAUCAUAAAGAUUCAAAUUCUAUAGAUCAAAAAGAAUCAAAUUUAAAAGUCUCAAUGAUGCCCUCAUCACCUUUUAAUUUAAAUACUCAAGAUGUUAAUACUUCUUCUCCAGAAACUGUUGAUCAUACAUCUGAUUGGUUAAGUGAACAUACAAAAUUAAGUUCAAUGGAUAAUGAAGAACAAGUUUCAAAAUGA